AUGGACAACGGACGCCACCAGACAGCGGCCCAGUUGCAGCAUCCGCAACAAUCGCUUCCUUCCAUCUCGGCUCUGACAAGUGGACUACCACCAAAUGAUCAAAACAAUGCGGCUCUCCAUCAUCGCAAUGUCUCCGAGGUACGAGACUCCGGCAAUUGGUCUUUAUCGCAAGGCGCUAGCAAGCACUCAUCAGUCGUUUCAACGAGUGCGGGACUCAAUAUCCAGACCAUUCUGAAUGCUGAGGACUCGCCUGCUCGUAACUCGAUGCCAGAGACGCCAUCGUCUGCACGUUACCCUUCUGGUCCUCCCAAUGGAUUGCCUCUUCUCAGUCAAGGAUUCGAAAAUCGCAACAGUACCAUCUCCAAUGAGAUACCGUCUUCUCACCUGGAAUCUCGCCGUAGCAGUGUAGAUAGUCGCGUCAAUCAUGGAAUGAACCACCUCGCAAUCAGUCCUUCGUCGCCAUACGAAAGCCAGAACGCUUCACGGGUCUCUUUGGUCUCGAACCUGCAGCAACAGCGUGGUGUUCCUCAAGAUCCGCGCCAGAAUGUAAUGUCGCCACUAUCACCCCUAGGACCUCGAGCCAACGGCACACCUCGUAGCAAUGCCGCACCACGUCGUGCUCCUGUCAUCGGCCCAAUACCUCGUGGCGUCUCUGGCGCACCCGAUCCAACAGCGCAGGCACCGACCAAAGGUUUCGCCUGGGCCUUUCCAGAUGUCGCCGACAUUGACGAACGACGGGCCUCGAGUAGCUCUAGCGAACACAGACUAUCACGUCAAAAUAGCUUUGCCGCAUCCGUAAACAGCAGUGUCUACACGCAUGACUCAAGCAUGCCCGUCGGACAGAAGCGGUUUGACGACGAUAUUGGCACGACUCACCAUCAUUCCAUGCAACAUCGAUCCGUGAUCAGUCUACAGCCCGACCAUGGUGCAAGCCCCCAGAGCGGUAACUACUCACGCACCCCCGAAUUGCGUGUCAGCCACAAGAUGGCGGAAAGAAAACGCAGGAGUGAGAUGAAAGGACUGUUCGAUGAGCUCAACGGCAUUCUCCCAAACUCUCCGGGAAGCAAAUCAAGCAAAUGGGAAAUCCUGACCAAAUCAAUCGAAUACAUCAGAAGUCUCCAGCGAUCACAAGACCUGAUACGCGAGCAAAAUGCUCGGCUGCGGCCUGAUGCAGAGUAUGCUCAUCAGAUGCGGUCAGAGAACGAAGCGCUGAAAAGCGAACUAGCGACGCUGUGGCAAGCCGUCCGCCGAGCAGAUCCAAAUAACCCUCACAUCUAUGGACAAAUGACGAGUGCGCUCGCACAGCAGCAGUCGCAUGGUCCAGCUGGUGGAGCGCUACCGCCGAUAGCAGCACCGCCUCAAGCUCAUGCUAAUGCACACUGGGGUCCACCACCACCAAGCGCGAUGCAAGGCGUAGAGUUUGCAAACAGCCGCGCCUACGAGCACCGGUAG